AUGCUGGCGGCAACGCUCCUCCUCGUCUGGGCCAACCUCUUCUUCACCGCCUUCGCCCUCGCCGGCAGGGAACUUUAUGAGCAGCAGAAUCUAGAGAAACAGCAGGCGGUUCCUGCUGUUGCUGGUACUGCGGAUGCUGCUGGGCCGUCGUUUGAGGUCGAAUGUGCUAAGUGCUCCUUCUGCUGCACCCCAUACACCACCUGCGCCUACUUCGAACAGACCUCAACCUUCACCUGCCAGCCCAACACUGACGACGCCGAAGCCGCCGCCGCCUACCAGAAGCUCGUCGAGGAGGCAAAGAUAUACAUGAUCACCGCGCCCCCCGGCUCACAUCCAACCAUUGCUCCCCGCGCAGUCGUCAACACCCGCAAGCCACCGCACAGGAACGGGACCUCAGGCGCCGUCGGCAGGGGAGAAGGGUUAGGAGGAGGGUUUUGGGGCGCGGCGGUGGUGGUGGGGGCGCUUGUGGUUGUGGGUUGUGGGUUGUAG